AUAUCACCGUCGCCGUCGCUGACCGCCAGACCAUACCAUAUAACCACCGAAUGCCAUGAUGGGGAGCGACUGGCAUUCACGCAGGCACCCGCAGCCAGACCCCUCCCACUUUGCCGCCCGAACUCUUCCCAGUUUUGCAGAGCUGACGUCCUCAUCCACCGACUCAGUCUUGCACCGCCCUCGCGAUUCUGUGCCGCCGCCUGCGCACCCAGGACGACCUGUCGAGCGUCUUACUCCUCCCUCUGCUCUGCCUCAGCCCGACUUUGCAAACCCUCCACCCAAUCCUGAGCGAGCCUCUUUUACUGCCAUCAACCAUCACGCGAGCCCUCACGUUAGCCCCACCAACACCAGAGUCCCUCCACCUGCACAGGACCACCAGAGGUUUGCGCUUUCAUUGCCCCAGACCACUGUUGCGCCUUUCACUCCGCCCUUGUCGUCGGCCCCUACUCAGAGUCUGCACGACACCAAUUCGUCGCAAACCUCAAUCGCGACGACCCGCCAAGACUCUGCCUUCUCGCAUCUGCGUUACGACGCCCCCAAAGACUCAGAGUCCACCCUUCCAUCCUCUGUCUUUGCCUUUUCUUACUUUCACCCUGCUGUGGGCAGCCGUCGUCAGUCCGACACGUCUCGUCCCAUUUCCCAUCCAGCUGGCCCAUCUUCACCCCAUUCUCCCCCACCCGACUCCCGCUCAAACCAGCAAGCCCUAGAGACGGCCGCACCCAGUGUAAAGCGUGUUGCAACUUCUCAAUCAACUCCUCCAGGAAUUCCCGCUCAGCCAGAACCAGCAACUUCACCUGAGCAACUCCGAGGCCCGGACACUGGAUUCCGGAACCCCCUGCCAUCUCCCACUUCAGACCACGUAAACGGCAGUGGCCGACAUCAACGCUACAACGUCAGAUUCAACACCGUCUACACAUCGGAAAACAUGCCACCAAAUCAGAAGCCUCGACAUGACCCAGUACCCACGGCGCCCAUGGCAACAGAGACUAACGAAGAACAAAGCCCGGCCUUGGAGCAGACCAUCACACCUUCAGUCGAGCCAGCUGCUUCGCCCGCCAACUCUGCACCGCCAUCAAUAGACGACCAAAAUAAUCCCGACCAGCAAAACGAGCCGAAACUGGAGAGGUGCAAAGGCUGCCUAGAGCCCUGGAGGCGACCAUUGCCAGGAGAGGAACAGUAUCGCCUGAGCUCACCCGCCCAAAACAUGGGAGAACAAAUAAAACUCACCGAAGACUUGAUCAAACGUCUCGAAAAUCACACCAAGUUUGCUGACGAAGCAUAUGCGGCCUGGCAACGACGACAUCGGUGGUGUCUAAACAGUCCGCCUUCAACUGACGCCAAUCCACCACCACCACCACUACCACCAGCUGACCCGCGUAGCAAAAGUGCAGACGAGUCUUCUCCCACAGCUGCUCCAGCACUUCCUGUUUCUGGAAAACGCAAGUCGGAGAUUCCCCAUGACGCAUCAUCCAAGAUCCGAAAGAUCGUCAGUUUCGACCCUCCUUCGAACCCCACCCACCCUGUCCGCCCAACCGCUCCGGCGUGA